AUGAACACCGCCAAAGAGUGCACGGUGGGGACAUACUGCGGAGCAAACACGACCACUGCCGGUGGAACUGACAACUGCCCCCCUCGGUACUGCCCUGCAGGAGUGAGCACUCCUCAGCCGACACCUCCUGGGCACUACGUGGGCAAGUCGGGACGAGUAUACCCUUCCAAGUGCCGUCCGGGCACCUAUGCGGCCAACUGGCUGAUGAUCGCUUGCGAUCCCUGCCCGGCGGGUACCGAGUGCCCCCUGGACGGCACGGUGAUUCCCACGGUUUGCCGCCCAGGCUCCUAUCGCGAAGCCACUGAGCCCGGAGAGGAUCCCACGAAGAACGUCAUGUGCCAACCUUGCCCGCAGGGAACCUGGAGCGAGCAAGGAGGCUUGACCUCGGUGCUGGAUUGCAAGAACUGUGACGAAAGGUACGUGUGUCCCAUGGAGGGAACGAUUCGCUUCGCCACCAUCGACCAGCCUUGCCCUCCAGGAGCGAGUCCAACCGACGUUUGCUACGAAAACUCGCAGGGUUGGGACUGCCCCCAGGGCUAUGGCUGUGGACCGGCCACAACGUCGUUCACCCAGUACGACUUCUACUGCGAGGCAGGCUUCUGGUGCAAGGUGCGGACGAUCCCGGCGGAGACCCGGAACCUCCUCUGCCCUGCAGGCUACUACUGCAAGCGCGAGACUGGUGAGUCAGGCGGAUCAGGACGAAGAUCCUUCCGAUGCCCUCCCGACUACUUCUGCCCGGAGGGCACAGCGGCAGAGGACGUUCGGGUGGACAACCAGCUCGUCGUUGUGCUGCACAACGUGCAGUCCCGGGUGGAGAUCGUGACGCAGCCAGACCUGACUCGUGGCUCCAUGUGCCGCAUCUGCAGCGACGAGUUACCUCCAGGAGUCUUCGACUUGACUGCCUGCCGGCCUUGUGGCCAGAUUGCUUCUUGGCCUUCAAGGUCAAUUUACCGCCCCUCCACAAGUAGGGCUCGCAGGGUUUGUACAGGGUUUACAUAG